GUGUGAUGAGGCACUGCAUCUCUAUGUAGAUUGUCAUUUUUAGUCUCUGAAUUGAUUGUCGCUAGAUGCACGCCAUAUAAACCAACUAUAACUUUGUAAAGCAUAAAGUAAACCAACAUCGUGUCAGCUUAAACCAUGACCGAGGAACAAGAAACCAUGGAUGGGGUUUACACCUACCAGGCUGGCGUUGGUUCAGCUUGUGUCUGGGUCUUCUUGACUAUUUUGGGUUUCGUUGACAACCUGCUCGUUAUCUGGUCUGUCAUUCUCUCUCGGAAGCUUCGCACAGUGACCAAUGUCUUCGUGGUCAACCUUUGUGUGGCCGACCUAUGGACGUGUCUGUCAUACCCAUGGAUGGUUGUGGCUACGGUCAGUCAGGAUGGCUGGCCCAUUUCCGAAACCCCUUGCAUUAUCGCCGCCGUGCAGUUCCAUACUGGUCUUGGUACUCGCCUGUACUCACUGGCCGCUAUAGCGUUCAAUCGCUUUGCAAUCACCGUGACUGAUGAAACAUAUAAAAGGUUAUAUUCCCCGGGCAGAGUCAUCGCCAUGGUGGCUGCAACUUGGGCAGUGCCGUGCACCGUCACCUUCCUGCCCUUGAUUUUUGGAGUUGGCGAACUUGGCUAUGAUGACCUUCACAAAUCCUGCACAGAUAAGGACGAUCACACCAAUGGUACUGAGUAUAGCAUCAUCCAGUUCGUUUGCUCGUUCAUUGUGCCAUUGACUAUAGUCGUAAUAUCAUAUAUGGCUCUCUACAUCCUACAGAAGAGACGUCUGGCAACGGUCGAUGACCAACCUUCGGACGCAAUGGAAAUGACCACAAGAGAGAUCUCCUCCUUAGAGAUUACCAUCCGUGACGUAUCUGAGAUGAGAAGUCCACCAGACCAGGAGCAGGCCAUCACCAAGAACUUGUUUAUUGUCUUUUGUACCUUUACGUUGCUGGUGUCUCCCUUUUUCAUCUCGCUGUUCAUGUCGACCACCCACCUUUUCGCCGUCUAUGGUUUAACCAUCGUCAUUCUAAACAGCUGCGUGAAUCCCAUCAUCUACGCAGUAGGUCAUCCUCAUUUCAAGAUGGUUCUUUCCAAGAUAGUCCGAUGCCGCUACUCGGAGAUACCUGACCCUUCGUACUGUUUAGAGUCCAUGAAUUGUAGGGGCAAUACCAGUGCGGAGGUGAACUAAUGGUCGUAGAUUUUUGUCGAGGAAAUCUUGCUGUGACUGGGUUUAGCUGUUGAGAAACUGGAAAAUGCUCCAAUUCGGAUACGACAAUAGUUUCCUUUAAUUCUUGGUUACAAAAUGUUAUCAAAAUGAAUAUUGGAUUGCUAAACUUUCAGUGUAGGCCUUGACAACUUAGAAAGCUACCAGAGAAGUUAAUUUUAGUGAAUUUUAGUGCUUAGUGAAUACCAUUUAUCAGCAUGCUAUACGAGUUAAGAUA